AAAACAUAUAAAAUUCAACUGAAAAUGGAAGAAGUGAAAGUUCUAGGGUCUUGGCCUAGUCCAUAUGGUUUCAGGGUUCAAUGGGCUCUGGAACUCAAGGGUGUCGAGUAUGAAUACAUAGAUGAAGAUUUAUUUAACAAGAGUGAUAUGCUCUUGAAGUAUAAUCCAGUUCAUAAGAAGAUCCCAGUUCUUGUUCAUAAUGGGAAAUCAAUUGCAGAAUCGGCAGUUAUUCUUGAGUACAUUGAGGAGACAUGGCCUCAGAAUCCUUUGCUUCCAAUGGAUCCUUAUGAAAGGGCCAUGGCACGGUUCUGGCUCAACUUCGUGGACAAUAAGGAUAAGGCUGCUCCAUUCGUGUCAUUCUUCAUUGGCGUUGGCGAGGAACACGAGAAGGCAGCCAAGGAAGCAAAGGAGUUGCUAACGAUUUUUGAAGAACAAGGUCUUGGGGAGAAGAAAUAUUUUGGUGGUGAAGAAAUUGGAAUGGUAGAUUUGGCCAUGGGUUGGAUUGCUGCCUCUUUGGGAGUCAUUGAAGAAAUAGUUGAUGUAAAAAUACUUGAUGCUGAGAGCCUCCCUCGCUUACAUGCAUGGGUUCAGAAUUUCAGGGCCUAUCCAGUGAUAAAAAACAACCUUCCUGAUCAUGAUAAAUUGCUGGAAAAUUACACAAAGAAAAGAGAGAUGUUUCUUGCAUCGAUAGCAACUUGAAGACUAGUUUCAUUUACUUUAUGCUUGCUUAAUUCCUAGUAAUUUAUUAUUUUUGAAGCAAAAUGCCACGUUUUCUUCUAUGUUUUGUGCUUUGAUUAAUUUGUUCCUUAAUGCAGCUUCUUCUUCCUCUUUUUGUAUUUUGAUUUUGAUUUUUUUAAUUGUUUUUGAAUAACUUUUCUUGAUAGAAUUGCUGAAUGCAGCAAAGAUUUAAAUAAAAGAGCAAAUGGUUGCCCAUUUA